AUGUCCUGCACAAGCGGAUCCUUCCGCUGGCAGCGAGCACUGCUCCUGCCCUGCCUAUUGCUACUGCUGAAUCUCGCCCGCCAGUGUGACGCUCAGUGUGUCGGUGGUGUAAGCCACCGGCUUAAAAUGAGCGCCCUGCUUGACUCCAUCUAUCCACCGUGGCCGGCAGGCUGUGUGUCACGUGCGGCCGGUGGGAAAUCCGAUGAGCAGACACCGAUCGACGAACGGUUACCGGUCGACUGGGACAGUUUGAUGAUAUCCGCAAACGAAACUGCGCCACAUCAGCCGAACCUAACCGAUACGGCGGACUAUUUGCUGGAUGUGACAGUGCACCGGGAGCUGGACGACAGCGUACCGGUUCGGGAUGAGACGAUGAGCGCUUCCGAAGCUGGAUACAUAACCUCACUGAACAGGAAGAUGUUCAGCAUCAACGUACCCUUUAACCCUGCAUACAGUGAGCGCGUAUCGGAGGAAUGUAAGCACCAAUCGGCACUGUUCUUCCGCUCGUAUGCCGCAUCUGAGCUGUGGGCGCUCCGAAUGCACGACGCAAGUGCAAAAGUGGGGCAGGGCAUCCUGAACGGUAACAUCAACCAGUACGGUGACUUUGACCAGUGUCUUAACAUCCAGCAAAAGCUGCCCCAAGGCGAUGGUUUACCGACCGACGGGGAAACAAUCCGGGGGCGCUACUGUAUGGCCGAGGUACAACCGACCAUUAAGCCCAACACACAGGUGUUGAAGCAUCUGUUCGAUUUGAUCCAGGCGCACGGUAUGCUGAAGAGCAAUUUGAAUGAUCCCGGACACCGUGUUCCCCGAUUCUCCACCGUACACUGGGCUCUGUGCGUACCGGCUGGCUGUACAGCAAACGAUAUCCAGCAAUCGCUCGGAGAGUUUCUGCGCGCAUACGUCACCGACACCGGUCUGCAGACGGAGGUGAAGGUACAUCCGGCACUCUGUCAGACGAAGCACUACAUCUGGCACGAAUACUUCACCGACCGGACGGUGCUCGUAUGGUACGGAUUCCUGGCGUACGGUUUGUUAGUGCUAGCGUCCACCCUGUACGAUCUAAAAGUCCAAAAGAAAGUGGAAUGGUUCACGGUGUUUUCACUGAUCAAAAACACCCGAUCGAUACUGAGCUUCAAGGAGGAGCGGAACGAUAUCGCUUGCGUCCACGGUAUACGCUUCCUGAACGCGAUGCUGCUACUGAUUGCCCACAAGUCGAUGGCACUGUUCUUCAACCCGUACGUAAACCGGACGGAAAUGAGUGAGGUGUUGGGUCAACCGUGGACCGUCAUUGGAAGGGCGGCAGCCAUCUUUACCGAUCCAUUCAUCAUGUUCAGCGGCUUUCUCACCACGUUCUCCUUCAUCGAACGUCUUCAGAGGGGCCAACGGGUACGGCUGCAUCAGGAGUACAUUGGACGUCUGUUGCGCAUCGUCCCACCGCUCGGUGCUCUCAUACUGUUUUGUACCUUCGUGCUGCCGUUCCUAAGCAAUGGACCGCUGUGGAAUCUCGUGGUGACAAACCAUGGCGAUAUCUGCAAGCAGUACUGGUGGCGCAACAUGCUCUUCAUACACAACUACUUCGGCUUCAAGAACAUGUGCCUCACGCACACCCACCACGUCGGCAUCGAUACGGAGCUGUUCUUCGUCGCACCGUUGUUCAUUUACUGCGUGUGGAAGUGGCCCCGGCGCGGCAUGAUAGGACUGCUGACGGUAGCACUCAUCACCACCGUGCAUCGGUUUUACGUCACGUACAGCUUGCGGUUGGCCAACUACGUCUACUUCGGCACGUCGGUAAAGCAACUGUUCGAAACCGCCGACUAUAUGUACACACUACCGUACUUUCGCGUCACCGUCUAUCUGAUGGGCAUUAUGCUAGGAUACGCUUGCUCCAAGUACAAAACGAUGAAACUCACCGAGAAACAAAUGAAAAUUGGAUGGUACAUCAGUACGCUUUCGAUUGCUGUCGCCUUCUUUGGACCGGCACCGAUGGGCUCGAUGCAUUACGUGUACGAUCCGCUGCAUGCUGCCAGCUACGCUGCCUUCUCGCCGAUCGCCUGGUGUCUCUUCUUCGCCUGGACCGUCUUUACCGCCCAUCUCGGCUAUCGAAACUGGGUAAUAGAUAUGUUUUCGUGGCGUGGCUUUCGCAUCACCACCAAAAUUUCAUACGCCAUCUACCUGACCCAGUUUCCGAUCUUCUUCUACAACGUGGGACGCACCAGGACGCCGCAAUUUUUCGAAUUCUGGCCAUCCGUUAUCUUUAACACCAACGAGUAUAUGGUCGUGUUUUUGGCCUCGUUCCUGUUGACGGUUUUGUUCGAGACGCCGUUCAUUAAUGUGAAGAAGAUGCUGUUUAGCAGGAACGGCAGCAGCAGCAGCAAUGUGACGAAAGCUGAAGGAGGUAGGUUAAGUAUGGAUGAAGCUUCGUUAACAGCACACCGAACGACGACACCAUUGAAGACGACCAGCAGCGACAUGAUGGUGGAUGAGAAUGAAAAUAGUAGUAGGUCUAGUGAUCGGUUUGUAAGUAAAUUAAAUGGAUAG